UCGAUCAUCUACAAACACCAAUAAAAAUACUAAUCAAUUUAAAAUAUUUAAUUUAAUUAGCCUAAUUAUUAUUCUGUCAACAAUUCAUUACAAUAAUGGGUACCUUGGGAGAUGCAUUCAUACGCUGAAAAUCGAAAAACAAAAUCUGAAAAUCACUAUACACCGCAUGAUUUAUCAUUUUUGGGGAUUGGGCAUCAUUGGAAGUUGUUCCCUUUUUUAAGUAAGGCGGCAUUACUGCAAACGGAGGGCAUAAACACACGCUAGUGGCGUAGGUCUGUUUUUAGAAAUGAAAACCUCACCUUUUCGUAUACACCUUCUCUCGCUAAUUUCGUGAUCGGCUCUGCUAUGUCCUACGGUCGUCGAGGGUUGUGCCACGGUGCGCGUCACCGCGGUGCUUGUGAACAUGUCUGUCGUCUGACCUCGGGUACCGCUCCAUCCCUUGGCGAGCUAGAGAAGCGCGGCGUGCUAGGAACACGGCGCCCUUUGGAUGGCUGCAUUUGCGCCUCGUUUGGUGUUGAGCUCGAUAUAUCGGACUGCUCCCCCGAAAACCUAAAAAAAACCAAAAAACGCCACAUUCGCGUUCGUGCUACCAUGAAGCUACGAUGAAGGCCUAGCUCUUGACCACCAGUGGAGCCUGGGGCUUGAUUUAAAGCGUCGCAGUAAAAGGAGUGGCCCAUUUCACAGGAGACAUGACUUUGCUGUUCUUAUACUUAAUCACUCAUCCAUUUUUCACUUAGCUAUAAAUGUGCCUCUUGGGGCUAACUUUACCCCUUGUCAUCACUCCUUCUCUUUCCCCAAUCCUGGGUUCCUCUCGGCUCCUCAUACCUUUUCUCUAACGGCUCUCUUGCCCCACCGUUCCUCAUGUUUGUGACUGUCCUGUCCUCCUUCCUCUGUGUCUGCAUUUCUCCUGCUGCCUGUUUCUCUUGCACCCACGCCACUCUGUGCCCAAGGCCAUAAUGGUGUGCUGUGGCCGAGCUCUGGACUCUCCCUGCACCCUGGCUCUACUCGUGGGCUUCCAGUUUGCGUUUGUGCUCUACUUCUCCCUGGGAGGUUUCCGUGGCCUUGUCUCUGUGCUGGUCCACUCUUCAGAGCCUGAGUUUGACUACUCUCGACCCCAUGAUGUCUACACCAACCUUAGCCAGCUCAGUGCCCUGCUGCCUCACCAGCCGGGCCCCACUGGGGCGGAACAGCGGCUCAGAGACUGCCUGCUGCCCUCGCCACUCCUGGUGGGUCCUGUAUCUGUGCGCGUGUCCUCCACACCCUCCCUGGAGGAGAUAAAAGAGAAGAACCCUUUGGUGAUGCCGGGGGGCCAUUACCGCCCACCGGGCUGUGAGCCGAGGCACCACACAGCCAUCGUGGUCCCCUACCGGAACCGGCAGAGCCACCUCCGAGCACUGCUCUACCAUCUGCACCCCUUCCUGCAGAGACAGCAGAUACACUACAGCAUCUACAUUGUACACCAGUCAGGGAACUCGACGUUCAAUCGCGCCAAGCUACUGAACGUGGGCGUGCGAGAAGCUCUGAAGGAGGAGGACUGGGGCUGCAUCUUCCUCCAUGACGUGGACCUGCUCCCAGAGAACGACCACAACACCUACACCUGCCACCCGCAGCACCCCUCUCACCUCUCUGUGGCCAUGGAUAAAUUCCGAUACAGGCUUCCGUACCCUCAGUACUUUGGAGGAGUGUCUGCCGUCACUCCGGAACAGUACCUCAAGAUGAAUGGCUUCCCCAACCAGUACUGGGGAUGGGGAGGGGAGGACGAUGACAUCGCUGCCAGAAUUCGUCUCACUGGGAUGAAAAUAGUGCGCCCCCCUGUGGCCAUUGGCCAUUAUAAGAUGAUCAAGCAUAAAGGGGACCGGGGUAAUGAGCAGAACCCCAGAAGGUUUGACUUAUUAAAGCACACCAGGUUAAACUGGCGAUCAGAUGGACUCAACUCACUGACCUAUAAACUCCUGUCUAAAGAACUGGAGCCACUGUACACCAACCUGUCUGUCAGCAUUGGAGAAGAUCCUCACCCUCCUUCCAGAAAGUCAGAGCCCCCUAGGAAUACCUCUCACUCCACAGCCAGACCUAUGAGGGGAGAUGCGGGAAUACUCUCUGCUCGGCCUACCGGAUUACAGCAUGCCCACUCAAAACCAGCCAACAGGAGUUCAUAUGGUGUUCUGAAAGCUGCUGUCAAACAGGAAGUGGGUUGAUAACAAGCGCGUAGUACAUGAACUAUUGGCACUGGUGCCAUACAGGGUAAUUUUCCUAAAAUGGAUGUUGGCUUGCUUUUCUUCUUUAAGUCAUGGAUCUUAGCACUGAUGUGAGCUUGUAGGUAUGAUAAGUCAGCUAAGUCCUUCCACUGGAAAUACAUGAGUGUGAAAAGUUCUUUCACCUCUGAAUGUUUUCUGGACACUGGCUUGGUUUCAUUUGCACAAACUUGCUAUACCAUUUUCUGAAGCUCUUACUGCCACGGGACAGAUCUGAAGAGUAAACCGAGCUAAGUAUUCCAGAAAGUGAGCUAUUUGUGUUCAUUUGUGUUGUAGAGACACACUGGAACCAGUGCUAGUAGUGUGUGCUUAUUCAGCCAACGUGCUGUGGCUACUCACCACCCCACCAUGUGGGUAUGUCUCUAUGUGCCUUUCUCUCAUUCUAGAACCAGUCUCUAUCAGCGUCUUACUACGUAUGUUCUCAGUCCCCAAGGCAUAUUAGUGGUGUUUUGGGAGUAAUACUGUAUUUUAAUUUCUGAUCAACAUCUUUCUAACCAGCACACGCCGCUUUAUAGUUUUGCGCCUGAGCAUCAUCUCAUCACUGUGGACUAUUUUUGGUCUUGCUCUGGAGAUGUGUGAUCAUCACGUUUGCAAGUUUUUUUUGUUCUCGUUUUAGAAAUAUUUAAUCUAGUAACAGUUAGCACUGAUGAGGUUUUCACUUGAACUGCUCAAAUCACUAUAUUUUUAUUUCAGAGUAUUAUGGGGUGUACUUGUUUGAGUAUUUAUUUCAGAGUAUUAUGAGGUAUACUUGUCUGGUGCCUCUUGAUUUCGAUUAGAUAAUCAGUGAGAUAAGCAAACUAGCUGACAAAUCAUUUAUCAGAUUUCUCUGUUUAAAAGUUAUAGUUUCUAUAAUUCUUAUAAAAUCUUUCUUGGUGAGUUAGAUUUAAAUUAAUACAUUGUAAUAUUGUAGAUUUGUUAAGGUAUUGAAAGUUAUGAGAGUUUGGUUGAUUAUUUUCAUGGUAGGUUUCAUACAAAGUGCAAACUCCAUUUGUUGCUAUGCUGCUGUAAUGUUAAAUAGUUCUGGGCCUUUGUGCAUCAGCUGUAUUACAUCUACAUCAAGCAAACAAAAAUAGUUAUUUGACAAUAAACCAAGAAUCUCUACAUAUUUACCACAGAACAAGUCUGCCAACCUUAAAACAGCAUUAAUCUAGCUUUUAGCAUUUGUUAUCCCUAACGCUGCAGUCCGAGUGGUUGCUGUUUUGAAUGCAUCCUUUCCUCACCUAGGGUAUAGGGUAAUUUUAAGACCUUUUUAAAAUUCUUUGUCAUAAUAUUGCAAAUGAUUAUUUGGAUGUAUUUUAUUCCCACUGUAUUUUCAAUGUUCUCUCUCAAAUCAGAUUUAUUCUUUUAUUGUGUUGGUAAUUACACACCGAUUAUUAAAUUAAUAGGACUGGCCAUGUAAAACUUGCACAUUUUUGAGUUGAUCUAGCCUCAAAUUGUUUUCCCUUUUGCCUUUGUAGUAAAAACAACAGGUGGUUAGAUAAACCUUCAUAUUCAUUACCAUUCAUUACAGUUCAGAGUAUUAUGAAUUACCUACAUUUAUCUUGACUUACUAGCAUGUGUCCAAGGAACCUGUUUCCUUUUAACAUUUGCAGGAAUCAAGAACAUUUUAGUGAAUACAGUAGUUUUAUAUGAGAAAUUUAGUAAUGGUGAUGAUCUACCUGAAUAUCUAAGACUACUCUCACAGUUUGAUAAUUUCCUUUUUUGACUUGAGACCAGUUACUUAAAGCUGUAAUAAUGGUUUUGUGGUUUAUAGAGGUUGUUUAUUUUUGUUACAUUACAUAUCUAAUUGCAAUGUAUGAAUCCAUGUUCCUUGUACUGUUGUGUAGGUAAUUUUUUAAAAAUUAACCUUCAUGUUUGGGUUCAGA